AUGUUAACUCAAGGCUUAAUCGGAGUCGGAGGCUUCAAAACUGCUCACACUGGAUGGCUCACACUAACGGCCCCUCCUAAGACUGGUCUUGGAUCGGUCGCUCAUCAUAAAGUUGUGGUCAAACGACCAUUCCAUAAAGUAUUUCCAACAGCUGCAAAUUUCGGGCCAUAUAAAAUUGGCCAAUACUCACUCGCUGAUGAGCUUCCCAAGCUAUUCAGAAAAGCCAAUGUCUUAUACUGGGCUAAAUCUUUAUUGAUGCUCACAUAUGACUUCAUUGAUCAUUCCAUUGCAUCUUCAUCUGAACCUCCACCAUUCACGGUUCCAUGUGUUCACUUUGUGGAGGCUGGUCUUGCAUUGUGCUACCAUCAAGGUGCUAGCAGGGCUGGAACAAAGACAGGGUCAAUGCAUGCUGCCUUCCUCCUUGAAGAACUCAUCAAGGAUGGUGAUGAGUUCUUUCUCAAAUUUAUUCACAACAUGGACGCCAACCCUCUGCUCGACGAGUUGGACUAUGGCUAUGACUUUGCAGAGUUUUUUGUUUUCAUGCAGCAUGUGCAAUAUGUCAAGACUAGACAAUUAGCAUUCAUAUCCGACUAUCAAGGUAUGUCUGAUUCAUGA